CCAACUGUGGGAGAUUUCACUAAGACACAGCAUACCACUGAAACACUGUGAGGACUAACAGUCAUACUAUUACAGACUUCUCCUCUUAACUCCAAACCACUGCAAAUAAUUCUCCUAGAUUUGGAUUGAGCAAACAUACAACAUGUGUAAGGGAUUAGCAACACUGCCAGCAACCUGCUUAAAAAGUGCCAAAGACAUCAAACACAAGAUUGGCUUUCUGCUCCAGAAGCCUGAGUUUCCAACAGACCAGAAACAGGUCAAAGAGAAGACGACCGCUGUCAAGAGAGUUUCACCUGCUGAUGUGGAGAAAUGGAAGCUGUCCUUCAACAACCUGAUGAAUUGUGAAAGUGGUCGUACAGUGUUCACUGCGUUCCUGAAGUCAGAGCUCAGCCAGGAGAACUUGGAAUUCUGGAACGCUUGCGAGGAAUACAAAAAGUCUUCCCCAAACAAGAUGGCGGCCAAAGCUAAAGAGAUCUACGAACAGUACAUUGAGGCAGACUCUCCAAAUGAGGUGAACCUGGACUCAGCAACGCGAGAGGAGACCAGACAGAACCUGUCUAUUGCCGGCUUAUCCUGUUUCAAUGACGCCCAGCAGAAGAUCUUCAAUUUGAUGGAGAAAGACUCAUACAGAAGGUUCCUCCACUCCAAACUGAUCCAGGAUCUGUCCCUGUUGAGCACCACCACCCCACUCUGUGCACUGAAGAAGAUAGGAGGAAAAAUAGGUUGUUCUGAGAACAGAUGUGGUGCAUAGAUGGAGAUGGAGAGAGAAACAAGGACGGAUUGAAGAAUGUGUAAAAUUUUGUCAAUCUGUGAGGGAAAGAGCAGGUAGUCUUGAAGAGAAAACAUUAUUAUGAGUGGGUGGGGUUUUAUUUUUUCUGUCCAUUGUUCCAGAUAACUAUUUCAACACGCAUCACAAAUAGAUUACUUUUGAGACGAGGGGACGAUUGGAGAGGGAGAGAACUGUCAGAGUUAUUUUUCGGGAGAAAUAUGCUCCUGAAAGGAUGUUCCAUUCUCUUAUUUUCAUUGUUGUGCGAGGGUCUGCUUUCUUUACACUGACUAUCUUCCAGAUCUCUAAAAAUAUUCAAAUGGUUCAAACAAGCAUUUAGGUAUUUCACCCUGGUUAGUUCCCUGUGUCCCCUCAGUCUGGUUUUAAUCAAGGGCUCCAUGCUAAGUCAUGCUUAAACACCAAUAAUGAAAAUGCACUUCUUCAAACUGUGUUAAAUUAGAUUAUAGUUUCUGAAUGGAUUGGUGUUAAAACUUAUUUCACCUGACUGUUGUUUGUUUGACUCUGUUUUUCUGUCUUUACUUUACCUGUGGCCAGUUCAUGCACUGUUAAUGUGUAACUCGCUGGCCUUCUGUUAACCUGACAACAAAGUCAUGACUAUGUGAUGUUUUGAUUCACAACACAGGGAGAAACAAUCUGGAAUGACUUCUCUAUCCACCCCUAACACACACAGAGACAAACACCCACUCCCAUUUGAGCAAUUCAGCGACUUGCUUCAGCUGAUCCUUUCCUGAUGUGCUUAUGAAGUAAACAUAUUGAUACUUUAUCAUUAUAUGGUUAUUGGUAAUGCUAUUGAUAUCAUUAUAUGGUUAUUGGUAAAGCUAUUGAUAUCAUUAUAUGGUUAUUAGUAAAGCUAUUGAUACUGUAUCAUUAUAUGGUUAUUGGUAAUGAUAUUGAUAUCAUUAUAUGGUUAUUGGUAAAGCUAUUGAUAUCAUUAUAUGGAUAUUGGUAAAGCUAUUGAUACUGUAUCAUUAUAUGGUUAUUGGUAAUGAUAUUGGUAUCAUUAUAUGGUUCUGUAAGUUUUGUUAAAACAUUACUCCUACUCGCCUCCAAUGAUGAUGGCUACAUAUUUAUUAUACAAUGUAAUAAUCAUCUUCAUAUUUAUUUUCUUGUUGUUUUCUUGACACGUUUAUUCAUCAUUUAUUUGUGAAUAAAACGAUGCAUCAACAGA